AGAACUUUCCCUGGCGUUGAUGUCAGGUUGGAGUUGGUAGAUUCUCCUCUCUCCCUACCUUCCUUUUGAUGAGGGGGACAGCACUUACCUGCUUCCAGUCUCCUGUAGUGUGAAAGGGCCCCAGGUCUAGCAUCCAGAUGAAUUAAGAUCUCUUUUGUUAUCAUAUGCAAAUGUUGUUAUAUUUUUAUGUUUUUAUUGUUACUCACCACCCCCACUGUUUUUACAAUUGUUAUGCCUACAGUCUGUGAAUGUGACCACUUGUUCUGGCUUUUCCCUGCACCAGGUGAAGGAAAGCAAUGAAACCUCUGGCAUGCUUACCUCGGCCCUACAGGAACUCACAUAAGUGUGAUAGCUGAUCUUUAGCUUGAUGCUCACUGAGCUUCUAUUAUUUAUAAUGAUGGCAGCACCCUCCAGCUACAGCUUUAAUGUGAAAAGUAGACCAUUCUUGCUGAGGGAUAGUACCAGUGUAAGGAGUGAGGGACAGGUGCAAGAACUGUUUCAUGAAGAAGCACAACAGGGUUCUCAGCUGCACAACAGACCUUGGUGGAAGAUACAGCUGUUUGUUUGGGAACCUGUGCUCUUUGGAACAUGGGAUGGAGUCUUUACCUCUUGUAUGAUCAAUAUCUUUGGAGUAGUUCUCUUUCUAAGGACUGGUUGGCUGGUAGGCAAUACCGGCAUUCUAAUGGGCAUGUUUUUGGUAUCCUUCGUCAUCUUGGUUGCUUUAGUAACUGUUUUGUCUGGCAUUGGGGUUUGUGAGCGGUGCAGCAUUGGAAGUGGAGGGGUCUACUCAAUGAUUUCUACUGUCCUUGGAGGCCAAGUUGGAGGGACGAUUGGUCUUCUUUAUAUUUUUGGUCAGUGUGUUGCAGGUGCUAUGUACAUUACUGGAUUUGCUGAAUCUAUCUCUGAUCUCCUGAGCUUCAGUAACAUUUGGGCAAUAAGAGGCAUCUCAUUUGCUGUCCUGCUGGGCUUGCUUGGGAUUAACCUUGCCGGUGUGAAAUGGAUCAUCCGUCUCCAGCUGCUGCUUCUCUUCCUACUGGCUGUUUCCACUCUGGAUUUUGUCAUUGGAUCCUUUACACACCUAGAUCCAGAACAUGGUUUUGUGGGCUAUUCUGAGGAGCUUCUGUUGAACAACACACUGCCAGACUACAGCCCAGGGGAGUCCUUCUUCACUGUAUUUGGAGUUUUCUUCCCAGCUGCUACAGGUGUGAUGGCUGGGUUCAAUAUGAGUGGUGAUCUAAGAAAACCUGCAACGAAUAUCCCUCUAGGAUCACUGUCUGCUAUAGGCAUCUCGUGGUUUCUGUAUAUAGUCUUCGUUUUUUUGCUGGGAGCCAUUUGUACCCGAGAAGCUCUUCGCUAUGAAUUUAUGAUAGCAGAAAAGGUGUCCCUGGUGGGCUUCCUAUUCUUGCUUGGUUUGUACAUUUCAUCUUUAGCAUCCUGUAUGGGUGGCCUGUAUGGAGCACCCCGAAUCCUUCAGUGCAUCGCCCAAGAGAAAGUGAUACCGAGCCUAGCAUUUCUUGGACAAGGGAAAGGACCAAAUAGAACCCCAGUAGCUGCAAUCUGUUUAACAAGUCUGAUCACCAUGGCUUUCAUUUUCAUCGGUCAAGUGAAUGUCCUUGCUCCAAUAGUUACCAUCAACUUCAUGCUUACCUAUAUUGCGGUGGAUUAUGCUUACUUUGCUGUCUCUAUGAGCUACAACCUUCAACAGAACCCAAGACGUAUGCGGAGGGAAGACUCCAGGGUUGUGCUGGGCUGUUCUCGGCCUUUGAUACUAGACAAACCAUCCUGUUAUGGAUCUGGUGGCAUAGUUCAUGGCAGGUCAGACGGCACUUUGCUGGAAUUCUCAAGAGAUAUGGACCAUCUUUUUAAGCCUCUUAAUAAAGAUCCAGGAACUACUCUUGAAACAGACAAGGACCUUGGACAGAUAGUCAAGCAGAGGAAGCAAAAGAAGGCAGCAAAACAGACAUUACAAGCAAGCUUUCUCUUGGAUCUUGAUAACAAUAUUUCACCUGCUCAGGAUCUUUAUAGUGAUGUCCUGGAAUCCAGUAGCAAAAAUAUGCAGAGCUUUUCAGAGCCAAGUUACCAGAAUGAAGAGGGUACAUCACCAUAUCAAACUACAGAAGCCAAGCAGCAGGACAUCCAGGAUGGAAGCCAUCAUUCUGAUAAGAUGCAGAAAGCUCCCAGUCACAAAAUGGAAGAUUUAAAUGCAAAACGACAAAACCAAGAAUUAGAAAUCCAGAAAAUGCCAGUAUCCUUCUACUCCAGACUUUGUGAUCAUUGGGUUUCCCUUGUUGGUGCAAUAGGAUCACUUGCCAUUAUGUUUGUCAUUCAGUGGAUAUACACACUUGUUAACUUGGGACUAGCCAUUAUUCUGUAUUUCUACAUUGGUCAAGUGAGUCCAGGGUUACCACCUGGUGCAGCAGCCAACUUCAGUUUUUUCAAAUGGAUGAAGCUACUUUUCUUUAAUGCCUGCAGGGGAAGGCCAUCCCCAGAGGAACGAUUUGUUGUGACACCAUCCUUUGCAACAGUUGGCAUGGAGACCACUCAGCUCACUGAAGAGAAUACAGAUUUUGCCUCCCGGGACCGCUACCACCAUUCCUCUGUUAUCACCAGAGAAGAGUUUAUUAAACAGCUCCAAUGAGGGAGCAACAUGCCAUCUACUCAACCAGCCAAUUAAAUACUCCAACCACAGACACACCGCCUGAUUAAAAGGCUUGCCCUUUUAUGUCUGAUUUUAAUGAAUACCAAAACGUUCAAUUAAAAGUGGGGGCUGAGCAAAGGAGAGAGCAAUAGACAACAAACUCCAAAGCCAUGGAUCCCAAACUCCAUUCUAUUUUUUUUAAACGAAGAAGAAAACAGUUUUGUUGCCUUCGCAGAACGGGAGAGUGUUUUCAUGAAAAAAACUUCUGCCAUUUUGUUAAAAAUAUAUUUAAAAACUACAAUUUUGUCUUUUUGCUGCAGAUGGGUUCAUACAACAUUCCUAAUUCUGUUCUGUUAGUGGGAUUAAUUUAUCCAUAGAAAGAAGAUACAAGACAAGUAAACACAGGAGUAGGCAUGAGAAAAAGAGAAGCAAUGCCAACCUUCAAGUACAGAAAUAACAAAAAGUAAUAUCUGAGACUUGAAAUUUGGUCACACAGCUUUGGUUGAGCCAUUGUAGCUGUUAAAAAUGGUUUAAAUAUAUAAGAAUUUUUUCUUACUCAUGUAAUGUGAAAUUGCCCAUACCUGAUGCAUUUAUAUAAUAUAGUUCAAAAAUUCAGGCAGAGUGAAUUAUUGUUGACCUGUACACUACAUGUUGUAGUGGUUUGAGAUUGGACUGACUCUGGAAAACGGUAUGACUCCCUGCUUGGCCAUAGAAACUCACUAGGUGACCCUGGACAAGCCAUACCCUCUCAGCCUCAGAGAACAACAAUGGCAAACCUCUGAAGAAACUUGCCAAGAAAACCCUGUGAUAGCCUUAGGGUCUCCUUAAAUUGGGUGAAGCUCAAAGGCACACAAUAAUAAUAACUCCCUGAACUUAAUACAGACUUCAGACUCCCUACUUCCUAUUUUCCUUGAUCUAAGAGAAACUCUGCUUCAGACUUGCAUUAGGAAUCUCUCCAAAUUUCUGUACAAAAAGCUAUUAAGAAACCUUUGAGUUAACCAACCCAAAGUAAAACUUCAGUUCA